CCGCCGUGCCCCGGGGGCGCGGGCGGGGCGGGGCGGGGCGGUGAAGAAGAGGGCGCGCACGGGGCGGGGGGCGGUGAUGGCGGCGGCGGCGGAGACGGUGGAGUGGCCGCUGAUGCGGCGCUACGAGGGGGUAGCGCAGGGCCGCGGCGUGGCGGCGGACGGCUGGCGCGUCUGCCUGGCACACAGCUUCGAGGAGCUGCGGCAGCCCUACGGCGCCGGGGACGUGCCGCUCCGCGAUGUCCUGCGGCACGUCGGCCUCGCCUUGCGAUACUUCAGGUGGUGGGUCAAGAAGACGCGCAUAGAGAAGAAAACUGCCUUCAUUGACCUCUUGUGUGCUGUUCCUCUGCAGCAGAUCUAUGGAUGCCCGCUGGGCGGGAUCGGGGGAGGCACCAUCACCCGAGGCUGGCGGGGAGAGUUCUGCCGCUGGCAGCUGAACCCUGGCCUUUACCACUACGAAACAGUCAUCGCCAAUCAGUUCACGGUGUGCCUGCGGUGCAAGGGGCAGACCAUUUACCAGCAGGUCUUGUCCCUGGAGAGACCCAGCAGCCUGCAGGGCUGGAACUGGGGCUACUGCGGCCGCUACGCCUUUUACCACGCCCUGUACCCCCGUGCCUGGCUGGUCUACGAGCUGCCGGGGCAGCAGGUGGUGCUCACCUGCCGGCAGGUCUCGCCCGUCAUCCCCCAUGACUAUAAGGACUCCAGCUUGCCGGUGGGAGUGUUCGUCUGGGAGGUGGAGAACGGGAGGGAUGAGGCCGUGGAAGUGUCCAUCAUGUUCAGCCUGCAGAACGGCGCGGGAGCGAAGGAGGCCGGGAGCGGCGGGCACUGGAACGAGCCCUUCACCCUGCAGAAGGACGGCCAGCGGGUUGCUGGGGUGCUGCUGCACCACUGCCCGGCCGUGAACCCCUUCACCCUGGCCAUCUCUGCCCGGGAGAAGGCUGGCACGGGAGUCACCCAUGUUACGGCAUUCAAUCCCACGGGAUUGGGUAGAGAGGUGUGGCAGGACCUCCUGCAGGAUGGCAGGCUGGAUUCACCCACUGGUAAAAGCAGGCCGACAGAGAAGGGGGAGGUGACAGCAGCAGCAGUGUGUGCCAGCUGUAGGGUGCCUGCCCAUGGGCACAAGACGCUGGAGUUAGCCCUGGCUUGGGACAUGCCCUGUGUUCACUUUGGCUCCAAGGAGAAGCUGCACCUCAGGCGGUACACCCGGUUUUUUGGCAGCAAAGGCGAUGCUGCUCCUGCCCUGUCCCAUUAUGCCCUGACACACUAUGAGGAAUGGGAGAGGAAGAUCGAAGCGUGGCAGAAUCCCAUCCUGGAGAACAGCCAGCUGCCUUCCUGGUACAAGUCAGCCCUCUUCAAUGAGCUCUACUUCAUGACGGAUGGAGGGACCAUCUGGAUGGAGGUGCCCCCUGACUGCUGUGCCCAGGACCUGCAGGGGCCGGCAGGGGCAGGGCUCUCCCACCUCCUCCCUGUCCUGCGGGAGUACGGAAGGUUUGCUUAUUUGGAAAGUCCUGGCAUGCUGCUGCUUGUGGUUCUGCCUGUGCUUAUGCUUGGACCUUUCUGCAGCAGCUUCUGCUGCCCUUCUUACUUGUCCUGCUUUGUGUCCUCUACAGCUGUCACUGUGGUGAACGAGGAUGUCCAGCCCCGGCAGUACCUCAUGUGUGGUCAGACAGCCCAGGUGAAGAUGAAAAAUGUGGUGCCACAUGACAUUGGGGACCCAGGUGACGAGCCAUGGCAGCGUGUCAAUGCCUACCUGAUGCACGACACAGCUGACUGGAAGGACCUCAACCUGAAGUUUGUGCUGCAGGUGUACCGUGACUACUACCUGACCCAUGACUCCCUGUACCUGCGGGACAUGUGGCCAGUGUGCCAGGCUGUGAUGGAGUCGGAGCUGAAGUUUGACACGGAUAACGAUGGGCUCAUUGAAAACGGUGGCUUUGCUGACCAGACGUACGACGCGUGGGUGGUGCAUGGAGCCAGUGCCUACUGUGGCGGACUGUGGCUGGCUGCUGUCUGCAUGAUGUGCAAGAUGGCAGAGGUGCUUGGGGAUACUGAGAUCCAGCAGAAAUACCUGGACAUCCUGAACAGGGGCAAGGAGGCAUUUGAGAGGAUGCUCUGGAAUGGAAAAUACUACAAUUAUGAUAGCAGUGGAAGUGACACAUCCAGCAGCAUCAUGUCAGACCAGUGUGCUGGGCAGUGGUUUCUUGGAGCUUGUGGUCUGGACCAAGGGGAGUUUGAGGUUUUCCCCAAGAGUCACAUUCUCAGCGCACUCAAGACCAUCUUUGAGAAGAACGUGCUGGGCUUCGCGGGCGGCGCCAUGGGGGCCGUGAACGGCAUGAGACCCGACGGCGUGCCCGACACCUCCAGCGUGCAGUCCAACGAAGUGUGGGUCGGCGUGGUGUACUCCCUGGCUGCCACCAUGAUCCAGGAGGGCAUGGUGGAGGAAGGCUUCCGCACGGCAGAGGGCUGCUACCGGACGGUGUGGGAACGGCUGGGCAUGGCUUUCCAGACCCCGGAGGCCUAUCGGGAGAAGAAGGUGUACCGCUCGCUGGCCUACAUGCGGCCCCUCAGCAUCUGGAGCAUGCAGCUGGCCCUGGAGCGCCGGGCUGGCCGGGCACCGGCACCCGCACAGCUCCCCCAGGGCAGCACCCCCCCUUGAGCCUCGUGGCGCUGGGCAGGGCACGGGGUGCACCGUGGGCUGGGGGGUGCAGAUGGCAGGCAGGGACCCUCCCCUCCCUCUCUGUGCUAGUACUGACAUUGCUGUUUUCCUUCCCUACCUCCACUACGUGCCCUUGACCUCAGGGGGCUUCCAGCUGCUGAUGCUGAGCACAAGGGGGGGACCAGAGGUGUGGGGGAUGUCUCCUCAGAGCGUGGUGGCUUAAGGAGUUGCUGCUGGAGCCUGUGCCUCCCCUUCCCCAUCACUCAGGGCUCUACCAGCCUGCAGGCUCCCCAGCCAUCCCAAGCUGCAGCUGGUACCUUGCCCGGGGGCACAGGAGACCUCUCUCCUGCAGUCAUUGGGCUGGGGGAGGUGGGCAGCUGUGCUGCAGGGAAAGAAGAGGGUGUGUGUGAGCGUGUGUGUGAGGAUAUUGGAGCGGUGCACUGGGGCACACGGAUGCUGUCGUUGUCCUGGGGUGGCACUGCACACAGUGACUGGCUCUGCCCCAGGAGGGCCUGU